AUGGCAAUCUCAAAGAUCAUCAUUGUUGGCGCUGGCCCAAGCGGCUGUGUCUUGGCACUCCUCCUCGCCAACGCAGGCAUUGACGUCGAACUUCUCGAAGCGUCAGACAAGCUCGACGACUCGCCUCGAGCCAGCUUCUACCCCUGGCCAGCAGUGUACGAGCUACAGCGGGCCGGGCUUUUGCCAGAGGUCCGCGAACGAGGCUAUGUCGUCUCAGAUGGCGUCUCGUGGCGCAAAGUGGACGGCACCCUCCUCGCCAGAAUGGACACCAGUGCCGUCCCAUUCGACCGACGCCUGCACGGCCUCCCCCUGGGUAAGCUCCUUCAACUCACGCGGGAGCAUCUCGACAGAAAGCCCAACGCCAAAAUUAGAUAUCAACACAAAGUGACCAAGGUCGACCAGUCCGAUGCCCAGGCCCACGUCUUCGUUGACACGCCGGACGGUGAGAAGACCUUCUCAGCAGACUACAUUGUCGGGUGUGACGGAGCUAACAGCACCAUCCGCCGGGCUCUCUUCGGCGACGACUUCCCUGGCCGAACAUGGGAUCAGCAGAUCGUCGCCACGAAUGUCUACUACGACAUCUCCAAGUACGGAUGGGGUCAAGGCGCAUUCAUCGUCGACCCCGAGUACUUCUGCCUCGUUGCACUUUUGCAGCCCGAUGGCCUAUAUCGUGUCAGCUACGGCGAGACCGUCGGCUUGACUCGAGAAGAAUAUAUUGCUCGCCAGCCCGAGAAGUUCCGCAAGAUACUGCCGGGCAGUCCGGGCCCAGAGGACUACAAGCUCGUGACGAUCAAUCCCUACAAGAUCCACCAGAGAUGUGCCGACAGUUUCCGGGUCGGAAGGUUUCUCCUCGCCGCGGAUGCCGCUCAUCUUUGCAAUCCUUUUGGCGGCCUUGGACUCACGGGCGGGCUCGUCGACGUCGGGAAUCUCUUCGACUGCUUGAACGGCAUCCACCAAGGUCUUGCCGACGACAGCAUUCUCGACCGAUACAGCACGGUGCGGCGAGAUAUGUGGUUCAAGAUAAUCGACCCUGUCUCGUCCCAGAACCUGCGCCACCUUCUGCAGGACCCAGAUGUUGCCAUGAAGGAGGAUCCGCUGUUCCUCGAACGCGACAAGUUCUCCGACCCGGAGUUUGUCGCAAGCUUGGUUACGGGGAUCAACGACAUCAUGUACGACUUCACCAAGGAGUAUAAGCAGUCAGCCGCAGGUCACGAUAUAGGACCCAGCCCCCACAAUGAAGCAGUGGUCAAAGGAGUGGCUGCUGUGGGAGCUGACUGA